AAGGAAAACCUGCUGGUUGCUUGGUGACAGCUAGUUGUAUGAUUUGGAAAGUAGACUGUAAUAAAGUAGUACUUCAUCUCAGUUUUUUAGAAAGCUGCAAAUCAAACCUAUUCAAAUUUGUGAUUACAGUAGUUUUACGUGGUAGCCACUUGUUUCAGUGUUUCGUAACAUAAACUAAUAAUUGCCUGUCAAAAUUGGUCUAAUGUAUCUAUCUGGAUGCUUCGAUCGUCAUCCCAUGAUGAGAAUCGUUGCAUCGCAGACGCUUGGCUAAAAAAGUGGUUUAGUGCAAGUGUUGGAUUAGGCAUGGUUUAAAUAUUUAAUUCCGCGCGAAUAUGUGUUUUUGCUGGUAUUAAUGUUAUUCAAAUUUGUGUGGCGACACUGAUCUGAAAAUCAUCGAAUGGAGCCGUCUUUUGUACAUGUUGAAUUCGACUAUCCCGAAUCCUGGGAGACAGCGGAAAAAGACACCAUUGCCCCAGUCACAAGCGAAGAAAUAUCAAAUGAACCGCCCCGGUUUCGGUCAAAGUUGAACUUUUCUUUCCCAUCAAGCAAAACAUCGAUGCUCGAAGAGAAGAAAGUUCCUCAGUUGGUUGGGAUGGAUAAUAUUUACGAAAACGUCAUGAACGCCGCGUCAGUAAAUCAGCCACAGCGAGCAGAAGCAAACAAGCCGGAGCGUUGCUUAUUAGCUAGUGCCAUUAGUGAUACAGCUUUGCGAUCAAAAUUUGGGGAGAUACUGAAAUUUUUGCGGUGCGAGGGUUUGAUAAAUGCUGUAACUUCAUCACCCAUGCCAACUUGUGCAAAGAAAACAAUUUCUUUGUCUCCGGAAAUGGCUGAAUUUUAUUUUCUCGGCCAAAAGAAGUUGUAUGAUGCAUUUCAUGCACAACUGAAGGGACCGCCUCAAUUUGCGGAUGUCGAAAGUCUGAAAAGGUCUUUAUCUAGAUCGUAUGCCGACAAACCUUCGUCCACAAAUUCUGUGGCAAAUGAUUCCCAUCCAGACCAGCUGUCGGUGCGAAAUUUAUUUCUACUCAAAUUCGCCACAAAAUACACCGACUAUAAUGUUAGCACGCAGUGGUUGAGCGUUCUGCUGAAGUGUCCGUUUGGGAAAAAGAUGGAUCUUCUGAAUAAUUACAUUGAUACGCACGGGCUACGUCUAACGUUUGAACAGUACCUGGAAACACACUUACUCCACGGCACCAAGCCGGUCUCACCGUACUGGCUGAUAGAGUGCAAUGCCGAUUAUCUAGAUUUCCGUAUGCAUAAAUUCCUGCGUAUGGGCUGGAAGCCACGGGACUACCGGCAGCGGAAGGCUAUUUGGCACAAAGCCCUUGACAGUCUGGACAAAUCCCCCGAUGUACUCGGUCCCGAAAACGAUUCCUUGUCUGGAUGCGAGAUCCAUGCGUGUCCUGGACUGAUUGAUAUGAAUAUGGCCGACAGUGCCAGGGGAUCCUCGGAUCCAGCAGCGCUACAACAACGAUGGAACAUGCAGAGUCCCCUAAUCUUAGCUUUAAUUUCUGAAGUUUCACAGUAUUUAAAAGGCUUAGAAAUUACUGCAAAUGCCAUCAGUGAUUGCCAGAAAAAGGAGCUGACUACUGCACUGCAGCAGUUAAUAGAGAUGCCGUAUCCUACCGAUGACCUUUCAGUAAUGAAUUACGCACGAACCUUAAUCCACCUGGCCGAAGUUUUUUACCGUUUUUGGAUGCAAAAUUUGAAUUAUGCCGAUGAAUGCGUUAGUCGGGAAACGUUACGGGAUGCGGCAUCCAAUACAGAAGGAGCCGCAGAAAACGUAGAAGAUAUCGAUAACGCCGAGGACGCUACGCAGACAUCCUUGACCUUUUUGCCAGUUUCGCCGCUCCCGGUUGACCCAUCCAUACUGGCCCCUACGCUGAAAAGGGCACACUCUAGUGCUGUGUCAAAGGUCAAUCGCAUGUACUGCCUGUCCUGUCUAGAGAACACGCCGAAUUUCGUCCGCAUCGCCGGAGAUAAUCGAAUUCUUCUGGCCGACGGGAUGGUGGUGAAUGCUCCAGAGCCCAGUGGUUGUCCAUUAUUAUGGAAGCCGGACAUUAUAGAAAAGACUAUCAUAGCCCAGAAAGAAGCGGCUAAAAGUCCCGAUGAACCGAGCAAGAAGUUUUUCAGCGAAUUGCCGGGUGUUGCGCCGAUCUCUCGCCAGGCACCUCUGGAUGACCGCUUCCAGCUUUCUGGCUGGCUUCUGCCUGACGAGCAGUCCAUUCCGGCUAAUACUGCUAGAGAGAACCGUGCUUGCGACGAAGACUCACCGGAUGCUCCUCCGGAAGGCUGCCCAAUUGCUUUCAAAGUGUUGGAUAUUCAGGACAGUGGGGAACUGCUGGUGCUGGAGGACAAAGGAUCCGCGGCGGACAUGGCCACGGCACAUGCCGGCAAAAUGGCCAUGGAUUACAGCGCUGUUGUAUCGCACCCGUUAUACGAAACUGUGCGCGCUCCAGAAGACGCCACCACUAGUAUCUUCCAUCCAGUUGUGGAUUACAGUCUGUUGUUAAAUCCACAAAACGAAUCUGUAAUGUCAGUUGAUGCAUUUACACGGGAUUCUUCCCCUCCAAAGGUCACACAGGGCCUAAGCAUACAGUGGAUCGACCGUAUUACCAAAAAUCCUCGUUGCGGCCAGCCGGUGAUGUUAUACAAGCACCAGCAGUACAGCAGGAGCUGGCGGAAGCUAUGAGCGACAGCAGCGUUUACCACGAUGCUCAGUCGUCUCACGACGUCAACCGCACCGUUCUGCCGGAAUGCUCGGCCUCUUGUCGUUACAUCCCUCUGUAAACGUGUCCGCUGAUAUUAAAAUUCAAGUGGUACAAUAAGUAAACGUCUUUUGUUGUCCUAUUCGCACAUCGACAUUAAAUGUUAACACCAUCAAUUCUGGCGUAUAUUAUUAAGUGCAUUGUGCACAGAUCGCGGCGAUGCCGACAUGUUCUGGCUAGAAAUGGCGCAAUAAUCGACCAGUGUUGUGUGGCGGAUUUGAAUGCCAUGUGUAAACUAAUAAAACCUUAUCUU